AAGAAGUGCUCUUCCGGAAGCUUCUUGCUCAGAGCACGCGGUGCGUCCGGCCUUUCCGCGAGAGCAGCGACACGAAGAUGGCCAAGAUCAAGGCUAGAGAUUUGCGGGGCAAGAAAAAGGAGGAGCUGCUCAAACAGCUGGACGACCUGAAGAAUGAACUGUCCCAGCUCCGUGUGGCUAAAGUGACCGGAGGAGCCGCUUCAAAGCUCUCAAAGAUUCGUGUCGUCCGCAAAUCCAUCGCCAGAGUCUUGACUGUAAUCAACCAGACACAGAAAGAGAAUCUGAGGAAGUUCUACAAGGGCAAGAAAUACAAGCCCCUGGACCUGAGGCCGAAGAAGACCAGAGCGCUCCGUCGCCGCCUCAACAAACACGAGGAGAGUCUGCGCACCAAGAAGCAGCAGAGGAAGGACCUCCUCUACUCCAUCCGCAAAUUUGCAGUCAAAGCUUGAGGCUUUUUGUUAUGUUCAAAUAAAAUAUUUGUGGAAAAGUUAAA